CGUGAACAAAGGUGAGCGGAACCUUUGACCAGGAUGUCCAAAAAUUACAGAGCAGUAGGCAGAAAAGUGGGAAAUAACUCCUCUGGUGUAGCAGCCCUGAUGUUCAUGAGACAAAUUUGAGACAAAUUCCAUCAGCCAUGAUGGACAUAAAAGCCUAUUCCUGCUGCACUGGUAACUUACAUGUUGGUUCAGCUGCUAAAUGGACAUUAGGAAAGAGACAGUUGUUCUAAAACAAGAAGACAGAGCUCCGGGGCUGUUGUAAAAUCUUUGUGGAAUAUUGAGUGUGUCUCAGUUUACAGACAGUUUGUUUUUAUUACUGAUAUUGAUCUGUAAAAGCUGUCAGCCCCUGUGCACACAGACAUAGAUCACUGAAUGAAUUGUCUUGAUGAAGUCCAGGGAUACAAAUGUCUGCGUUAGAGAUGUAAAAUGCCCCAAAUUGAGCAUAGUGGCACAAAUUUACCCAAAAUGGACCCAACAGAAAUUAAUCACACAGAAUCAACCACAGAGAGAUCAACUACAAGAACAAUCUAUAAACUCAGUUAGAGAAUAAAUGUAAUCUUUGAUAUGAAAGUGGAUCAAAGGGUCUCCAAAAGAAAUGAAAUUAUAGUUUAUUAAGCUUGCCAAAGAAGAUAGAUAAAUGACCUUAAAGUUUUUAAACAUGCCACAAUAAAAGUGGUCUAAAAUGAGACCCCAUAUUCAACUGAUGGAAGCAAGCUAAAAAAACAUAUACAAGAAACCCAAAGUUAGGAUGUCAACAGCAGAGUGACAAAGAAGAAAAAUGAACAUAAAGUAAUGAAAUAUGGUCCCACAUAUCAGCAAAAUGAUGACUAAAAACAAGAAAUUGAGUCGGCAUAAAUGUUCAAUCUGAGACAGAGGAAUGUAAACUGUUUCCAGAAUAUUUAUAUUUUACAUUUUAUUUUCUUAAGAUCAACCCUUUUUCAAUCUGCAGUAAUAAAACCACACAAUAAAUGAACGAAUGAGGUUUUUAUUUUGGUAGUUUAUGGGAGUAAAAAUAUUAAACAGUCAAUUAUACUGUUACUAAGAUAAAACGACAGAAAAAGGAAGCGGCUAGAGCCAAAGCUAAUCAGUUCCUUACCUGCAGCAAUUCACAAAAAAAUUUGCCAAACAGAGAAAAGGAAACAAAUGACUUCAUCCACAAUACAUGAUUUUUUUUAAGACUGUACAUGUUGAUAUUCUGUCUGUCUUGAAAAUAAAUGACCUUGUCACUGAGCGCUGGUCCAGUUCUGUGAACUCCAACCAGAGGAAACUUUUCCUCCUUCUCCUACCCUACUCCCCAGAGAUCAGGGUCACUCUCACUCUCUCUCUCUAGAUACCUAUUAAUAUGGAUAUAAAUCUGCUGUGGCACAUAAAAUAGACAAUAAAAUAUUUGCUGAUUCAUUAUUGGAGCUACAUGAAGGACUUUCAAAGUAUUGCUUUGGACUUGAACUGACCAUCCUGUGCCAGAGCUUUACAGUGUAUUGUGUGGUGUGAGCUUUAAAAAUUAGGAAUUUGGACAAGUGAGGGGCAAAGGAAGAAGUGCUGCACAAAACAACUACCUCAAGCAAGUGAACAAUAUCUGUUUAGGUAACAAGUAGAAUGCAGCAAAGUUCUUUUCGUUUCAAAUAUAUUGUCAAACUGUGUUAUAUUUGAUGUUUUUCGUAAAAGAAAUAAAAAUACAUUCUUGGUACAGGGUUAUAGUAACAAAGUGCCUAAUGGCACAACACGGGUUCAACAUUUGAGGUUAGGAGCAUUUUUAUGUCAGAAUAAUGUAUAGGUCAGAAUAAAAUGGCUUAAACAAACAACCACUAACAACAAAACAUUACUCUGAAAUUGGUCAGAAAAACAUUGAGAGACCUUUAGAAAACCUGAAUAAACAGAUAAUACUAAGAAAGUAACUGAAGAAUGAUUUCUGCACCACACUGUUGCUGUCUUUCUCUGGCUGAAUUUAUGUUUUCUUUUUCUCUCAUGCUCUUAAAUUUAUACGGGACCCUAUUUGAGCGGAUUGUGUUUGGUUUAUUUGAUUCUGUGAGUGUGAUUACAUGCCUGAGCAGCAGAGAGUGGACCAUUUAUAGGCCUGGUGUUGUUAUGGCAGGACAGAUUAACACCUUCUGUAUGACAGUAAGGACUUUACAGUAGCUUACCUUAUUGGGUUGGAAGACCUGGACAACUGCUUGAGACAUGAAUGUUGGGAAACACUCAGCCUCACACAUGAAAACCAGAGGGGAUGAGACCAAAGAAUGUCCCACAAAACACAUGAGCCAGGAAGUCAAGUAAUUAUGUGGAGAAAAUUUUAUUUUUAGGUGGAGAAAAAAAAUAUAGUCUGGUAACCAAUCAAUAAGCAUCUGGAAAAGAAGACAAAAAAGUACAACCACAAAUAUCUGUAUUUUAUUUGCAUUUCAUUAAAUAGGGCAAACAGUAAAUUGCAAGUAGUGCAACCAAUCUUUUUUACAAAUAAAAAAAAGUGUGGUAAGGUUCAGUAUGCAUAUGUAUGCAGCCCUCUAUACUCUGAUACCCCUAAAUUAAGCCUAUUGCCAAAGGAUGACCUUCAAAAGUCUCCCAAUUAUUAAACAGAGUCCAUACAUGUGUAAUUGAAUCUCAGUACAAAUGCAGCUGCUCUGUGAAGGCCUUCGAUAUUUGUAAGAGAACAGUGAUGAACAAUGUCACGAAGACUGAGGAACACGGCAGGCAGGUAACAGAUAAAGAUGCAAAGAAGUAUAAACCAGUGUUAGGUUAAAAAAGCAAUACCCCAUGCUUAGAACAUCUAACAGAGCACUGUUUAAUCUAUCAUGUGGGAAUACAAAGAAAAUGACACCACUUACAACUACCAAGACAUGAUAGUCCACCUAAACUGACAGGCUGGGUAAAGAGAGCAGUAAUCAUAGAAGCAGUUAAGAGGUGCAUGGUAUCUCUGGAGCUCCAGAGAUCCACAGCUCAGGUUUGGAGAAUCUGUCAACAAAUCUGGCUUUUUUUGGAAAACUGGUAGGAAGAAAGCCAUUAUCAAAAAAAGGUGCUUAGAACUUCUGUUUGCAGUUUGUCACAAGCCAUGCAGGGGACGCAGCAAAGAUGUGGAAGAAGGUGCUGAUGAGACCAAAAUGAAACGGCUUGGCCUUCAUGCAAAAUACUACAUCUGGCAGAAAACUAACAAUGUGUCACCUCGAAUACUCCUUCACUAAAGUGAAACUUGGUGGUGGCAUCAUCAUGCUGUGGGGCAAUUCUUUGCAAGCAGAAACAGGGAAGAAGGGUGGAGCUAAAUACAGAUCAAACCUGGGGGAAACCUAUACUGAGGCAGCUUCUAGCAGGAUACAAACCGAAACAUACAACCAGAGUUACAUUUGAAUGGUUCAGAUCAAAGUAUUUUCAGCAUUCAAAUGGCCUAGUCAAAUUCCACACCAAAAUACAUUUAAGAACCUGCGAUAAGGUUUGAAAUGUUAAAAAAAAAAGAACAUUUCAAUUUCUAGUUGUCCAAAGCUGAAAUACCCCAAAUGACAUCUAAAGAUGGUUUUAUAAAGUAUAAAAAUGCACACUAGAUUUUUCAGAUUUUCAGAUCAUUUAAAAUUCAGAUAAAAUACACUAAAGUAUGUGAUUGUAAUUAUAAUGUGAAGUAACAUGACAAAGGUUAAUGUGUGUGAAUACUUUUGCAAAGCCCUAAAAUAAUUGGCUAUGGUUUGAGCUUCAUAAAUGCAAUCACUUGUAUUUAUUGUCUGAAGACGUUGUCAAUUUUUUCGGGGGAGAUUUUCUUUUCUGGUCAUUCAAAUAAAAAUAAAAAACUUUUGUUAGUUUACCAUUUCUACCAGAAAUGUACAGUCUGUAUAGUAAAUAAAUCUGUUUGCUGCUGCAUCAACAUAACAUUUUUUUGAGUUGUGAAGACUCAAUAAUUGUUCUGUAUAAUGAAAUACUUGUUAUCUGCAACCCUGUGGACAGUAAUUAUUCAUGCACUAGAAUGGGUAUUAGCCCGUUAGAUUAAUUAUUUUACAAUAAAACUCCAGAGAAAUGUUUACCAAAGAGUAUGGGAAGUCUAUGAUUUCUUCACAUUGUAGUUGUAAAGUCUUUUUAGAUUAUAACACCGGAAUGUUCCCUGGAUUAAAGUAAUUAAUACAUACUGACUUUAUGAAAUAAGCAAAACUAUAGAAUAAAUAAGUGAAUCACAAUAACAUCAGCAUAACUCAAAAAAACACAAAAUUAAUAUCAACUUUCUUCCCCACUGAUUCUCACUUAGAUUCAGGUCUGAACUUUAACUAGGCCAUUCUACCACAUGAAUCUACAUUGAUACAAGUAUAGGUUUAUUGUCGUGCUGGAAGCCAACCCAGCCUCAAGCCUUAUGCAGCAUCUGAAAGGUUUUCUUUCUUGGUUCUCAGUUGUUAGAUAUAAGGGAAAAUUACUUUUCCACAUAGGGCCAGGUGGGUUUGGAUAGCUUUUUUCCCUUAAUCAAUGAAACCAUUAUUUGAAAAACACUUUUUAUAUUUAUUCGGGUUAUCUUUGUCUAAUACUAAAAUUUAAUUCAUGAUCUGAAACAUUUAAGUGUGGCAUGAAGCAAAUAAGGGGAAAAAUACUACAAAACAAUAAUAAAAGUCUUGAAAUUAUGUUAGGGAUUCUGUUAUUGAUGAACCACCCCACGUUUUUAAUGGGCCCCAUCUGGCCACCCCAUUGAGAACUUGGUGGCGCCUCGAAAUUACCCCUAAUACAUUUGAACUUGUUGACUUAACAGGAAACUGUUUCAAUUGGGGAUGUUACAAGGAUUUGUGCAGGGAGAACAAAGCAAACUGCAUUUCUUAUCACUUUCUUCUAUCAAAGACUGAUGCACAAGAGCAUAAACCAGUUCACCUUCAGCUACCUGCUGGCCUCACUAUACCAGUCACAGGUUAUCCUGAAAUGCCCCCUGUCUGAUCCAGCAGAUCAGACCCCCCACACGCAGAAAAAUCCGGGCCAAUCCCAUACUGAGGAAUUAAAACAAAGUGUCGCUGCACCGUCUCUCGGUGUGUCUGCUGUGUUUAUGAUCCGAGCUUGCGCACUGAGCGCGUCCAUUGUCUAGCCAGCGGCAGCGGCGGCGGCGGCGGUGAGGAGCGGAGAGGAGCGCCCGAUCUGAGCGCAGGGGAGCGGCUUCACUGUGACCCCGAUCUCCGGGGAGGGGGAUAGGAGGAGGAGGAAAAGUGUCUUCUGGUUGGAGCUCACCGGACCGGACCAGCGCACGGUGACGACGUCAUUUAUUUCCAAGACAGACCGUCUUUUAUUUUUUCUGGCUGUCAGACAGACAGCAACAGUUGUCACGAUGUCUGAGAUCAGAUGAGUGGAGAGCGGCGGAGUAAAGACUGCGGCGCUCCUGUGAUCCGGGCCGGUCGGGGUUGAUUCAGCCGUCUGAAGCAGCUGGGACAGCGCCGGGGAGCGGCGUGCAUCUGUUUAACCUUGCAGGGAUUUGGUUCGGCUCGGCAUCCACCCCUUUGGUUGUAUUUAUUAUAAUUAUAUUAAAAUAAUUUGUCUGCGGUGAGGUGAAUCUUAGCGUCAACUGGCUCAUGUUCCGCUCAGCAGGGAAACGGGCUGUUGCGUCUGCAGAGAGUCAGAGCUGACGAGUCUGCUGAGACACACCGACAGACAAGCAGGGAGACAGGCACGCAGGCCAAGAGACAGACAGGAGGGAAGGGGGGCACAGCCUGUUUGGGCUCUCUCGACCCCUUUUCGGAUCGAGCAACCCAGAACCCCCACCCACCCACCCAUUUUUCUCCAGUUUUGGAUGGGGGGAAAGCAGAGCACAGCAGGGCGGCCCCGGGGUGCUUUUCCCGGCGUCUCUUCGGAUGACAGCGCGGUGCCACCCUCGGCCCACUUUGGUCACUACCGGCCGAGCGGCACCAUGGGCCUGCGGAGCCGCUCGGUGAGCUCCGUGGCCGGCAUGGGCAUCGACCACAGCUCCUCCGUGCCCUUCGGCUUCUACACCCCCAGAGGGACGGACUCGGACCGAGCCGGGGGGGGGUCGGGGGGCACUACGGCCGCCUCCCACGGAACCGGCUACCAGGACACUGGGGGCGGCGGGCAUCACACCGACGGGGUGCUCUAUUUGGGGUCCAGGGGGUCGCUGGCUGACACCUUACCUCUGCAUAUUGCACCCCGCUGGUUCAGCGCGCAUAGCGGAUUCAAGUGUCCUGUCUGCUCCAAGUCUGUGGCACCAAAUGAGAUGGAGGUUCACUUCAUCAUGUGUCUCAGCAAACCUCGCCUUUCCUACAAUGAUGAUGUGUUGGCGAGGGAUGCUGGCGAGUGUGUGAUCUGUCUAGAGGAGCUGCAGCAGGGGGACACCAUAGCCAGACUGCCGUGCCUCUGCAUCUACCACAAAAGCUGUAUAGACUCGUGGUUUGAGAUCAAUCGGUCCUGCCCUGAACAUCCCUCUGACUGACCACCUGACCCACUCUGAGUACUCUUCAAGGACAUAUUAGGUUCCUGCCAUGGACAUCUGGACACAGACGCUACGAAAUCUGAUGAAACAAUCAAAGUGAUCAUCACAUACUCGCCGUGACAGAAUCCCUAGUCCUAUCAGACAACUGUUCCUUGUAAAAUGAACCAAAAAUAAAAGUGUGACUGUCUAACUAUCACUCAUUAAAGGGUCUCUUUUAAGCUUUUCAUUCUGAAACCUGCUAAUAAUACUGCAUACAACACAGACCCUCUCCUGCCUCCCGUUAGAUACUCCUCCUAAUCAAGCAUGGCCGUCCCCAGAGAUGCUCAGCUCUUAACGGGCCUCCCAUCUCAUCUCCGGAUCCAGGCCUGUCUGGAACUUGUGUCCAGUCCUCCCAUGGCCUUAACCGGGUGAGGAAGAGGAAGCACAGCAGGGUCGAUGGAAGAGGAAAAAGAACCACAAGAGGAUAUAGGAGAGGAAGAUGCAGAAAACUGCAAACAGACUUGUACUUUGUUCAGUGGGCCUCUAAUCUCACGCAAACAGGACUCCAGCCUGGUGGUGAUCUCUCAUAAAAGACUGCCUCACCGUGUGCUCCUCUUUCAUAGUCCCUGCCUCAGUUCUGCGUACCUUCCUCACCAGAAUAAUUACAUCAAAAAGUACAUAUAAUGCUUUUCAGAUCCAGUCUGUGCACACCUGAGCAGGAAGAGAGGAACUGGCAUGUCAGCUUGUCCUGUGCGUUCGCUUUGCUUGGUAUGCUUGGGUGUGGUGUGGUGGAGAGGAGAGGAGCGGUCUGAGCAUGCUCAGUCCAGACUGGGAGGGAAGAAGGAGCAGGAAGCAAUGUAGUUUACGCCCUUAAAGUGUGUGUGUUUGGGAUGCUCCAGUGUCAGGCUUCACCUGGAUGUGUUUGUGUGUGUGUGUGUGUGUGUGUGUGUAUGCUUGGAUUGGUGACAGCUUACUGAAGCCUUGUGUGGGUUUGUCUGAAAGGUCAUUGUAGAGGGCUGACUGAGACCGUGCUGUGUGUCUCUGUAUUGAAAUGUUUACAGUCUAGAUGUUCCCCGUGUGUGCGACUGGCAGUCCUCCCUUUACUUUGCUAAUGUUUACAGCUGCAGAAAAGCAACAUGACAUAUUGUAAAUUUCACUCUCUCAGUUUUCUCUAUCAGAUCUGCCAGAUUUUUCAUGUAAAAAAUAGUCAUUUCUUAACGAGAGACACUGGUGUGAGAGCGAGUCCAAGACCAUUUAUAUGACUGUUUGCGUGGAAGGAUUACUGAGUGGAACCAGCCAGGUACAAAAACCUAAAGGACCCAAGCAGUCACAGACAGAGGUGGUAGGAGGCUCCUGAGCCAUUUGGCAUUUGGGGGGCAAUUCAAAAAGUGAAACCCAUUUAUAAAUUGGAUUCAUUAUACACAGAAUUAUAUAUUUCAGGUGUUUCAUUUAUUUUUGAUAGUUUUGAAAUUGCUUACAGUUAAUAAACCCUUAAAUCAGUAUACCAGACAAUUCCAAUAUUACAUAAAGCCAAAAAAAGAAAGAUUUUUAAUAUAGAAAUAUUAUGUUCUGGCACACGACACAAUCAUAAAGAAGUCAUUGACUUUUCUGAAAUUAUUAAUAUAGUCAGAUCAUUCAUAGAAGAGAUACUUUGACUAAUAUUCACAAACGUUCAGACAGCGUCUUUGAGCAUAACACCUGAGGGUCAUAAAAACACUGAUAUCACAGAUUUCUUCAAGGUAUUCGGAGGAGACACCUCACUGUGUGUGAAAGGUCAAAUCGAAUCUGAUUCAUGGUCAUCACCUCAAACUGUUGUCAGCUUUUAAUUUAAUCUACUUUUAAACUUGAAACCCUGUUGUUUCUAUAUCUGAUGACAUUGUUUGAAUAGUGUUAUUUGUUAUUAAAUAACAAAGAAAGUACUAGUUUUACCUCAGUGACCUGAAAGUGAAUACAAAAGGUUGUUUGGUCGAUACAAAAAGUUCCAGGACAAAAGUGCCAAGCCAAUCUUUUCUAAAAAGGCUGGGUACAAAAUAUCCAAAUCUGUAAAAGUAUGGCAAAUGGUAAAUAGACAAAAUGACCUGUACCCUACUCUGACCAACAGAGGAGAGUAAAAAUAAAACAUAAAGGCACUUACAUACAGCAGCACUCAAAAUGAAUAAAAACAGCUGCAAAAAAGAUUCAAUAUUUACAAAACUUUAAUAUGAAUUUACAAAAAACAAAGGAUCCACUAAGCAACUAGCAUUUGGAAUAAAUGUAACAAGAAAUUCAGAUUUAAAGAUCUUCCAGCAAAAUUGUAUUUUGUCAAAAAGACAAAGAAAUUGCAAAAUUCAAAAGAAUCCAUAUUUGAUUCCAAAUGAAAUUGUGACUCUUUUGGUCCUUUUCUCUUUGGCCUGUUCAUGAGUUGGUCUGUUGUCUCGUAAUCCCUCCACGGUUGUUUAUGAAUGCGUGUUUGCAAAACAGAAGGGGCCUCUCGGUCUCUGCUACUGUCAGUCCCGCCACAUUGUGUUUCUGCUGGAAACACACCUGUCUGUCUGCAACUGGAGACAUGAAGCACUCGGACCCUCAAAAAGGACUGUGUUGUCCCGCUGUGCAGCCACUGAAUGGGGCUUAUUUAUUCAUUUGUUCCUAUUUAACAAUAUUUGUUUAAUAUUCCAAUCAUGUGAGGUGUAACUCACUCUUCAGAAUGCCAAGAGCUGAUGUGUGAAGACUACUACGAAUCAACGUACCAACAAACUGCAUUUACAAAGCUACUGUAAACAAAUGGUGGAAUAAAUUGUGCUAGAUGACAAGAGUA